UGUGGCUAAAGCUAUCCAGCCGUCACGCAGGGGCGACGCCGCAACUUACGCCCUGCCGCCCCCCCCCCCGCGGCGGCUUCGCUAGUCCGCCGUGGCAUGGAGAUGUGCGACGGAAGCCCCGGCCGCUUCGAGGAGCUGCUCCGCGAGCUUCGCGCCGAGCACGAACGGCUGAUGCGGCGCCUGAGCGCGGAAGCGCCCCCUGGGGAGGCGCCGCUCGCGCCCACAGGUGGCGCCCCGGCCGGCUGGGGCGCUCCCGGCUGCGCGGCGGGCGACGCCCCUUUGGAGUUGCCAGGCGUGCCAGCCCCUGCGCCCCGCGAUGGUAGUGUAGCCCGCGGCCCCCUGGGCAGGCCCAGCAGCCCCAGCCCCAUGCUACACAUCGUGCCCGGGGCCGAGACCAUGAACGAUUCGAGGAGUUCCGAGGCCAGCCUGGAUUGUGAGCACCCAGCCAGGAAGACAAACCAGUUCUCCAGGGCAGUCUCCACGCGCAUUGGACGCAUGUGGAAGUCGUUGAUGGACGGCCCCGAGCAGACGACGGACAUUUUUGCCGUCGGAGACACGGAUGAGAGGCAUGGGCUCGCGAGAUGGGUCACUAGCACCGGCUUCGAGUUGACCAUGGCCUUCAUAAUUUUUAUGAACACACUCUGCAUUGCAGCUGAGGCCCAGUACAACGGCAUGGAAUCGGGCUACAACGCUGGGGUGGCGCCGCGCAUGACGGAGCCUGCCGACCAGGCCUGGCCAGGAGCUGCCCGUGUGUUCUAUGGGCUCGAGUGGUUCUAUGGAGUCUUGUUUACUACCGAGCUCGCGCUCAAAAUGGUUGCCAUACCGAAGAAGACCCUGAAAGAUUCAUGGACUGUGAUCGACGUCAUCGUUGUUGUAUUCUUUUGGGUCGAGGUGCUCGCGAGCGACCUCCCGUUUCCACCUACCUUGAUCCGCUUGGCGCGUAUGGCUCGGUUGUUGCGAUUUCUUCGGGUGGUGAAGACAAUCAGAGGUUUCGCGUCCCUCUACUUGAUGUUGCAGUCGAUCAAGGGCAGUGUGUCAGCCCUCGGGUGGUCUAGCGCCGUAUUGCUACUGGGUGAAAUGAUGUUAGCUCUGGCGCUCAACUUGCUGUUGAAGGAUUACUGGGAAGACGAGUUCUUUGAUCUCGAAAAGAGGCAGACCCUCUACGAGUACUACGGCACGUUCACCAAGUCUUUGUUGACAAUGGUGGAGAUGUUGCUGGGCAAUUGGUACAGCAUCACACGAAUCCUCAUACACUUCAAUGAGCUGUUCAUGCUCUUCGGCAUCUGCCACCAAUUGAUCCUUGGUUUCGCAGUGAUCGAAGUUAUCUCUGGCGUAUUCCUCAACGAAACCUUCAAAGUUGCGAACCUCGACGAUAGCAUCAUGCUUAACGAGGUCAGAAGAGCGGCGAAGGCAGAGCGAAUCAAGCUUACAGAAUUUUUUCAAAAAGCGGAUAAGGACGGCAGCGGCUUGGUUGACCAGGACGAACUCAAGGCGGUUUUGGACAACAAGCAGGUGGGGGAAUGGUUGAGCGCCAUGGGUCUAGAUUUGUCCGAUAUCGACCGGGUGUUCGCAAUGUUGGACACGGAUGGUGAUGGGCAGCUCUCUUGCCAGGAAUUAGUGGACGGCGCUUCCGUGUUGAAAAAGCCUGCAAGGGCGGUGGACCUCCAAGCGGUGCAACAAAUGCUUCAGGACAUACGCACCCGCCUCACGGCCAAAGAGUGGUAGUGCAGUCGGGCGUGUUUUCUUUAUCAAGUUCUCCUUGCUCCAUGUCGUUCUUAGCUGUGUUGCAAUUCCUCUCCCCCUUCUCUCACGUCACCCUUACCUAUGUUGCAGGUUCGUCCAGUGAGAAGACAUAGAGUUUCCUGGCGAUUUGAAUUGAGUAGCCCAGCUUGUCGAGUUGCCUGCGAAGGACAAGGUUGGACGAGACGGUCAGCCCAUGUUGUCUUCUCUAGGGGCGACCGUGACCCCAGAGAAUCCGAACUCCUAGAUGGCGUUGAUGAUAGUGAUCAUGCCGAUUGUCGAUUGUUUCACCAACCACAACCCUUGGUGUGCAAAUCUCGUGUUCAAUGCACGCUCCUUGCGCGCACGAGCCUGGGCAUUGGUAUUGGCGUUGCGUUCGUGAUAGAUGCUGGAGGCGAGGUGCCAUGCAAUGUAAAACAGGAUCCGUGCACAGUGACGCAAAGUGGAACGUGAGGCUUUGUUCUGACGGAGAUCUGCUCGUCUUGUUCGCCAUCGGAGUUGUUGCACGCAGUUCCCUCGCAGUGGAAUUCGCCGCAGGCUGAGAGGGGAUUCUCGCGUGUUGCCUCACGGAGCGUAGCACUGGAGAAAGAGAA